CUACCUCCUGGCGGUCACAUUUAUUCAAAGUAGAAGCUGUUUGUAAACACAUCAAAUGUAGCUAUCUACAAAUACAUAUAUUAUCUGUAUUACUGAUAGUCUCGUGAUAUCAAAGACAAUCUGCCGUUCAAGACAUUCCUGCGAGCAAGACAGCAGGGAAGCAAAGUAGAUUAGACUAGUGGAUAGCCUUAUUGGCAGACGUGGGGACUAAGACGCCUUCUAGCUAGCUAGCAAGCUAAUGUUCUCAACGACUGUCAGCUAGCUGUUCUUUCCACAGGAAGAUGAUUUCCCAGGUCUUUAUCUUGUCCUCCAAGGGAGACCACCUAAUCUACAAAGACUUUCGUGGCGAGGCUGGAAAUGAGUCUGUCAACAUUUUCUACAAGAUGGUCACCGCGCUGACAGAUGACCAACCACCAGUGGUCAUGAGUCGGAAAGACCUGCACUUUGUUCACAUCAAACAGGGAGGACUAUACUGGGUUGCCACGACGACGGCAGAUGCCUCUCCAUUCACCAUCAUCGAAUUCCUCAACAGGUUAACAGCCCUGAUAAAGGACUACUGUGGGAAUCUAACAGAGAAGUCGGUACGGAUGAACUUUGCCCUCAUAUAUGAGCUGUUGGAUGAAGUUGUGGACUAUGGUUAUAUCCAGACGACCUCUACUGACAUCCUGAAGAACUUCAUCCAGACUGAGGCCGUCAGCUCCAAACCUUUCAGCCUGUUUGACCUCAGUAACGUCGGCCUGUUUGGAGCAGAGACUCAGCAGAGCAAAGUGGCUCCAAGUGCCGCGGCCUCGCGGCCCAUCAUGUCCAGCCGGGGAGAACAGGGAGGGAAAAAUGAGAUAUUUGUGGAUGUGAUCGAGCGGAUGUCUGUGGUCAUUGGUUCCAACGGAGUGUUGAUGAAGGCUGACAUAGAGGGGGAGAUCAAGGUGAAAUGCUACAUGCCCAGCUGUUCUGAGAUGCGUAUAGGACUAAAUGACGAGUUCAACAUAGGGAAGUCUCAACUGAGAGGCUACGGGGCAGCGGUUAGGGUGGAUGAAUGCAGCUUCCACCAGGCUGUGAAACUAGACGAGUUUGACUCCUACAGAAUCCUGAAAGUCUGUCCCAGCCAAGGAGAGCAAACGGUGAUGCAGUACCAGCUGUGCGAUGACCUGCCCACUCCAGCCCCCUUCCGCCUAUUCCCCACCAUAGAGAGAGACAACGGUGGCAGGUUGCUGCUGUAUCUGAAACUGCGCUGUGACCUGCCACCUAAAAACUCUGCUAUUAACGUGUCGGUGACUAUACCUGUCCCCAAAAAUUCAUUAAGCCUGUCCCAAGAGCUGAGCAGUCCGGAUCAGAAAGCAGAGCUGCAGCCCAGGAACAAGGCCAUCCUCUGGGAGAUCUCUCGUUUCCCUGGGGGCUCCCAGCUCUCCGCUCUGUUCAAGUUGGAGGUCUCAGGCUUGAGCUCGGCCUCCAUGCUGGAAGUAGGUCCGGUCAGCCUGAGCUUCGAGGUGCCAAAGUACACCUGCACGGGACUGCAAAUCAGAUUCCUCCGCCUCUCGCCGAUUCAGCCCGGACCGUCUCAGCGCUGGGUCCGCUAUGUGACUCACUCAGACUCAUAUACGAUCCGCAUCUGACUCCCACACACACACUGCACUAUCACGUUAGAGCUGGCUAGUCCAUUUGUCGAGAGCAGGUUCUGGUUUUCCUAUUCCAACUGAUGCUAUUGAAUUUCAGUGACUUGGAUCAAAACACAAGCCAUGUUUGAAAUGGAGAGACAAAAUGUUGGAAAAAUAUAAUUUUUUAUUAAAGUGUGAUAUUUA